AUGAAAUUUGCAUUAGUUAUUGCUAUAAAAACAGGUGAAAUAAGUUUUCGUAUAGAAAACAAUCAAAUUGGUCUUGGUUAUGAUAUAAGAAAAACAUUACAAAUCAAUUCCUUUGUCAAUUUUAACAAGAGUUUAAAAAAACUCGAUACAUUACAAAUGAAUUCAUCAACACAAGUUGUUGUUGAACAAAAAGAUAUCGAUGGUGAACAAGAAGAUAGUGGUGUUGAUGCAUUCGAUAUCUUGGCAGAAGUCAUUCAAGAAAACAAACCAAGAAUCAUAUCUGAACAAGAACCAGAAGUUUUAAAAAUUAAGGAUUACUUGAAAAAAUAA